UCAUGUGCUACCGUAUUAAUAAAGAAGGCGGGAUCAUUUGGGGUAAACAGUGUGAUGUGUGAAGGCAACAGCGGGCUCUAAAGAUCACAUACUGCCCCUUUAAAUAUCUACUGCCAUAAAGUUAUGCAAGAAAAUGACUCUGAUUGUGAGGAUCCCAGCUCUGACCCUCGUUGUGCUUCUCUGGUUACUUACAAGAAGAGAGUUUAAAAAGUGACGGGCCAUCCUGCAGUAUUUAUAGCUCAUGUAGCAGGGGGUAUAGAUCUUCCCACAGGGAAUUCUUGUACGAGUCACUUUCCUAAUAUAUCCGUCCCUCCACCCGGGCACUGCAGCGACACAGCCGACAUACUGCUCGGAGUUUUACUGUGUUAAGGAGUUUUUCCGUGUUCAUGACCGGCACCAUGAUGCGGAGUACGGCUCCUGUAGAUACAGAGAUCAACCUCGGGGACAGCGACAGUGAGGAUAGCGAGGAACAGCAGCCGUGGAAGACGCAGCUGGAGACGGUCAUGGAGGAAGAAGAAGAGGAGGAAGAGGAGGACAUGGUCUCGACGCAGAGCGACACAAGGCCUCUGAUCAACGAGAGAGAUCCGCGACAGAUGAACGAAUGCCUCAAGGUGAGUUUCGAGGACGUGAUAGCCGAGCCCAUCUCGGUGCGCAGUGGAGACCGGGUGUGGUUCUGGAGCAACGCGCUCUUCGAGGUGUCCCGGGUUUGGUUCUAUCGCAUCGUCACCGCGGUGCUCGCCAUCCCCUUCUCCAUCACUGCUGGAGUUCUCUUUGCGUUCCUCACUUGCCUUCACAUCUGGCUUCUCACACCAUGUGUAAAGGUAGUCUUCAUGAACACCGGCCGGCUGGAGAUGCUAUGGAAGAGCCUCCUGGACAUCUUCAUCAUCCCGGUCUACCACAGCGUCUCCAAGUGCUGCACGAGUGUCAGCGUGCACUUGACACGCGAAUGAAAAACUCUCUCCUGGACCAUUUUUAUCUAAACAGGAGCUCCCAGAGAAGAGACACGGUCACCAGAUGUGGUGUGGUCGUGACGAGACUCUAUGGAUUCGCUCUACUUCGUUUUUUGUUUUUUAUAUAAAAAAUGACCAGAUAGGACUGGGGUCAGUCUUGUGUUGGGGGGGAAAAAUACUUAAUAUACAAUCAGCAUCAGGAAAAGUCAAGUACCUACUGUGCUGUUUUGUACGUCAUGUCUGAAAGCGUGAAAUCCUAUCCCACAAUGCACUACUGUAGGCUGAUGUUCCAAACAGGGCUGGUGUUAUUAUCAGUGCAUAAGAAUUGAUAUUCAUGGUGGUGGUGAAGCACAAGUUAUUUUCGUCUCAAUUCCUAUGCAAAAAGAAGUCUAAAACCUAAAGGACUUCAAUUAAAUUGUUGGAUAGAUACAUGCCAUAGUGAAACAGAAUUAACUUUAAGCCAAAAUAAAGUCCAUUUUAGCUCCGGUCUUUAAGGUAAUCUGCAUGAACUCCUUCACACGUGAGGUUUUUUUUAAACUACACAGGUAUUUUCGUGACACAAUAUAAACUCAUUUCUAAUCCUUUUUUUUUUUUUUUUGCACUGCUGUACAUUUUUUGCUUUUUUACCUUAAAUCUGUAUCUCAUAAAAAAAGAGAGGCAAAGCUUACUCUCGUCUCAAAUUGAAAUUGGGGCGGCGAUGUGUUUUAUCCCAUCUAUUGAAAUUAAAUGAAGCACCUUUUGUUUUGGUGGAGGGAAAAAAAAAACCCUGCAAAUUAUUCUGCACUAUUCCAGGCCUGAUUAUUCGCAGCACACCAUUUUUAUGCAAAUGGCUGGCUAUUGAGCUGGGAGAGCUGGUCCUGUGGGUGGAUGUUGGUGGAUGGCUCUGUUUUGCUGCUGAUCCGAGGACAGUUUUGACAGCCUGAUAAUGAGGUGAAGCUUGAACACCAGAACAAAAAGGAGAACAACAUCAAAAUCAAGGCUCGUUUUAGGGACACAGCGUUCUCCACAAUGAUGAACAGAAUGACCACGGUCGUGUACAACGCGUCCAGAUCUUCUGAUCAACACCCUCUGGUGGUGGGAACAGGGCACUCGAUGCGAGAGAUUGUGGACAAUUUUUUGUCAUACAUAACUCUCAAUAUUUUGUGAUACAAAAGCCUAAUCAGUAAAACCCACCUUUCAAAACCUGCUGUUCAGCCAGUGGGGUAUGGAGAACAUCUCUCUCUCUCUCUCUCUCUCUCUCUCUCUCUCUGUCAGGGGUAUGGUCUACAUGCGUGGCAUUUGGAAAUGACUAUCAGGCAUCUAUAUUUAAUCACAGUUCCU